AUGGGUCUGGAUCAUACACCAGAGAAAAAGGACGAGGAGACAGACCUCAAGCUCCGGAUCCACCAGCGUGGCCAAAUCAAGCGGAGAGUCACGCUCAUCAACCGAAGCUUGAUGGAAGCCGAAGACGACGCGACAAAAAUGUCAUUAACGCUGCUAAAGGUGUUCCAGAAAAAACUCGAUGUACACUACCAAGAGUACACCGCAGUGCAUCGGGAGAUUUUGGAAGCAUGUCCAGCAUCGAAAUUUGAGGAGCAGGACGAAAUGUUGAUGGCAUUCGAUUCCCUCCACAUCGAGGCUUUGGAGAGAAUCGAGCUUCUCUCCGCGAAGCUGACACCAACCCUUGCUCCCAUCCAUAGCACGGUCAACGCCCCGGUUAUUGUGCAACAACAACCACUGCGAGCUCCCAUUCCCAGCUUCGAUGGGAAGGUCGAAAACUGGCCAAAGUUCCGGACAAUGUUCGAAGACAUCGUCGUUCGCAGCAAUGAAUCGGAUGCAAUGAAAUUGCAUCAUCUGGACAAGGCGCUCAUCGGUGAUGCUUCUGGAUGGAUAACAGCAAAAAUCAUCCAGGACAACAACUUCCAUCAGACGUGGAAACAGCUGAAGGACCAGUUCGAGAACCCCCGCGUCAUCGUCGAUACCCAUCUGGCUGGUCUCUUGGAGCUGAAGCCUAUCCCGAAGCGGAACCACAAGGACUUAAUGGAGCUGGUAAAGACAAUCCACCGGCACAUUGGAGGUUUGGAAUACCAAGGCAUCCAAGUCGACGCCAUGUCUGGUCUGCUGCUGACGAAGAUCAUCACUGCACGGCUAGACGACCAGACUCUGCAGCUGUGGGAACGAGCACAGGAACAUGGCCAACUACCUGACUUCAACGAGACGAUGAAAUUCCUACAGAGCGAGUGCCAAGUACUGGAAAGGUUCCAGAAUCGACCCCAGGCAGCUACCGGAAAGGAAGGAAGUCCCAAACCAUCAACCAGUAAACUUCCGAGCCAGCGAUCACACGCCGCGUCCCCUGCACCUUCAUUACAUUCCUGUUUCAUAUGCGGAGAAAGCCAUCGCCACUUUGAGUGUCCAGUCUUUAACAAACUGGAACCAGCGAGACGCAGCGAGAAAGUGAAGGAACUAAAACUGUGCUUUAACUGCCUUCGCUCCGGCCAUCGAUCUAGGGAGUGCCAAUCAAACAAGACCUGCUCAAAAUGCCAUCGAAAGCAUCAUACGCUGCUGCAUGAAGACACCAACCCAGUACCUGCGAAGCCUACCAUCCCCAUGCCAAGGGUGACUACAACUCCAGCCGUGCAAUUCGAGCAGCAUCCAGUACCAUUUUCCCAUCCUUCAGCAAACACCGCCGUACCCAAUAACCGACCGAUUCAGCAGAAAACUGCGAUGCUUAUGACAGCCCUGGUAAACUUGAGGAACUCCCACAAUUGUACGAUACCCUGCCGUGUGCUGCUGGAUUCCGGUUCACAAGUCAGUUUCGUCUCAAAGACACUCGCCGACCGCCUGUCACUGCAAAGGAUUCCAACGCUUGUGCCCAUCACCGGAGUGGGUGCUGUCAGAACCUGCGCCCGCGAGAAGAUCAACGUUGCAGUGGAAUCCAGAUGUUCCAGUUUCUCAACUACCGUUGAGUGUCUGGUGAUUCCCAAAGUGACAGGAGUCAUCCCGACGACCCAGUUGGACGUUUCGAAUUGGCCAAUACCCCCAGAUGUGUUCUUAGCUGACCCUGAUUUCCAUACGCCUGGCCAAAUCGACAUGUUGCUAGGCGUGUCCCACUUCUUGCGUCUGCUUAAAUCGGCAAGGAUGCAGCUACGAGAUGACCUACCCGAACUUCAGGAGACGCACCUUGGAUGGGUCGUUGCAGGAGACGUCGAGGAGCAAAAAAACGACCAGCAAUGCUGCAUCGCAACCACCGCAUCACUUCCCGAGACCAUGAAGAGGUUUUGGGAAGUAGAAGAGCUCGAGGAUGCCGACGAACCCACGGAGCAUGAAGUAUGCGAAAGGAAUUUCCUUGCCACCCACCGCAGAGACGAAGACGGAAGAUAUGUUGUUUCCCUGCCCUUCCGUGAGUUUCCGCCUCAGCUGAAGGACAACCGAGAGCUGGCCCUGCGCCGCUUCCUGUCACUUGAGAGACGUAUGAAGAAGGAUCAUUCUUUGAAGCUUCAAUAUGCAAAGUUCAUCGAUGACUACGAAGCCCUCGGCCACUGUCAUGAAAUUAAGGAAGAAUUCGACGCACCAAACCAGGCACGCUACUACUUGCCCCACCAUGCAGUUCUACGGCCAUCUAGUUCCAGCACAAAGCUCCGAGUAGUCUUCGAUGCAUCAGCAAAGGCUUCUAUGGCCGAUGCAGCACUCAACCAAGCGCUCAUGGUAGGAGCAACGGUCCAAAACGACAUCUUCGUCAUCCUCGUGCGGUUCAGGAAGCACUUCAUCGUGUUCACGGCCGAUAUAUCGAAGAUGUAUCGGCAGAUCAAGGUGAUACCAGCUCACUCGUGCUUCCAGCGCAUCUUUUGGCGUUCCGAUCCAACACUCCCUCUGCGCGUUUUGGAAUUGACCACGGUUACGUAUGGAACAGCAUGCGCCCCUUUCCUUGCAACCAGAUGCCUGCUACAGCUGAGCAACGAUGAAGCUACCUCGUUCCCAUUGGCCGCCAAAAUCAUCCGAGAAGAUUGUUACGUCGACGACAUACUGUCUGGAGCAAGCACCGUACCAGAAGCCAUCGAAUGUCAGACCCAGCUCCUUAGCAUCCUGAAAACCGCUGGAUUCCCGGUCCACAAGUGGAGCUCUAAUUCACCUGAACUGUUACAACGCAUCCCUGAAGCUGAUCGAGAGGAGCUGGUAACCGUGAGCGAUGGCUGUGAAGGAGUGCUGAAAACAUUGGGACUAACCUGGAGUCCACAACGGGAUGAAUUUGCAUUCGUCACAAAUCAUCUUAUCGAGCAGUCAAAGACACCUACAAAACGAUCCGUUCUGUCGGAAAUAAGCAAGUUGUUCGAUCCGAUAGGCCUGUUGUCGCCAGUGAUCAUAAUCGCCAAGCUCAUCAUGCAGAAGAUUUGGAUGGCAGGAAUCCCAUGGGACACCUGCCUGGAAGGAGACCUGCUUCAGGAGUGGCUGCAGUUCCGGUCGUCCUUGCAGAACGUGAACAGCAUUAGAAUCCCGAGCAUUGUAUCUACGUUGCAUCUUUCCCGACGGAACUGCGAGUCUUCGUUUAGUCUGCAGCAAAUCUAA